UCUCUCUCUCUAGCUCUCUCUCACUCUCUCGAUCUCUCUCUGUCUCUCUCUAAUGGAGAAGAUUUGCGUCGCAGUCCGCGUCCGUCCUCCGGUCAGCCAAGAACCGCCCAACGCGUCGCACUGGAAGGUCGAAGACAACCGCAUUUCCCUGCACAAGGCUCUUGGAACCCCAAUCUCCGGCCUCUCAUUCACUUUCGAUCAUAUUUUCGACCAAAACUGCACGAAUGCGAGGGUUUACGAGCUUCUCGCCAAAGACAUUAUUCGUGCCGCCAUCGAUGGAUUCAACGGAACUGCAUUUGCAUAUGGACAGACCAGCAGUGGCAAAACUUUCACCAUGAAUGGUUCUGAAAGUGAUCCUGGAAUUACUCUCCUGGCAAUCAGAGAUAUUUUCCAAAAUAUUGAGAUGACGACCGACCGUGAAUUUUUGAUUCGUGUUUCCUACAUGGAAAUCUACAAUGAAGAGAUCAAUGAUCUUUUUGCUCCAGAGAAUCAUAAGCUUCAAAUUCACGAAAGUUUAGAUCGUGGCAUCUUCGUUGCAGGCCUUCGAGAGGAAAUUGUGAAUAAUGCUGAGCAAGUUCUCAGACUCAUUGAACUAGGGGAAGUUAAUCGGCAUUUUGGGCAGACAAACAUGAACAUUAGAAGUAGCAGAUCCCACACCAUAUUUAGGAUGGUUAUUGAAAGCAGGGGCAAGGAUUCAUGUUCUGGUGAUAUUUCUAUUACUGAUGCCAUCCGAGUGUCUGUCCUGAAUCUGGUAGAUUUAGCUGGGUCAGAGCGGAUUGCUAAGACUGGAGCCGGAGGUGUGCGUUUGAAGGAAGGGAAACACAUCAACAAGAGCUUAAUGAUUCUUGGCAAUGUAAUUAAUAAACUUAGUGAUGGUGGCAAACAAAGGGGACACAUUCCAUAUCGUGAUAGCAAGCUCACUCGCAUACUCCAACCUGCUCUUGGUGGUAAUGCCAAAACAUCUAUUAUUUGUACAGUCGCACCUGAAGAGGUUCACAUAGAGGAAACAAGGGGAACCCUCCAGUUUGCAAGCAGAGCUAAGCGUAUUACCAACUGUGUUCAAGUGAAUGAGAUUUUAUCGGAUGCAGCCCUACUGAAGCGGCAAAAGCUAGAGAUAGAAGAACUCCGUAGUCAACUUCAGGGUUCUCAUUCAGAGGUGCUGGAGCAGGAGAUCUUGAAACUGCGGAAGGACAUGUUAAAAUAUGAACUAGAACGUGAAAAGCUUGCCAUGGAGCUUGAGGAAGAGAGAAAAUCACAUAUGGAGCGGGAUCUGCGUAUUAAGGAGCAACAAAUGAAAAUAGACAAUCUUAGUAGUCUUGUCACUUAUUCAGAUCAUGAUAGGAGCUCUUCCCAGUUGUGCAGUGGUGAACAGUCAUUUCCUGCAAAUAGCUUGGACUCCUUUGAUAAGGGGCAGGUUUCUAGACGUCAAAACCAUAUCGAAGAAUGCAAUGAUAACCAUGACAUGUUACAAGAAGAUUCUUUUGGAACUCCAUGUUUUAAAGCAAUAUCAAACUCUUUUGUAAUGAAGCGGUCAAAUUAUUCAAGACUCCCUGAUUCUAGUCCACUUCCAGAUAAUUUUGUCAAUGUAGCUGACGAAGAUAUGUGGUUGAGAAUGAACAAAGGGCAGACUACCGACCUUGAUACACUUCAUAUGACUCCUGAAGGAAAAUAUGAAUCCUUGCCAUAUGUUGAUAGUACUCCUAAAGUGCAGGGUUAUCCAACUGAAUACUACAAAGAGGAGGUUCGAAAUCUUAGGAAACAACUGGAACAUGCCAUUGAAGAGAAAAAUGAACUUGAGAAGCACAAUGUGAAACAGAUAACUUUGAACAAUCAACUACUAGAGGAGAUAUCUGAACUUCAACAAGAGUCACUAUUAAUUAGAGAAAUCCCACAAAGGAUGUGUGAAUCUGUGGCCACUUGCAAGGACAUUUAUAAGGAUAUUUUAUCAAUUAUGCAGAGCUUUGCAGCCGAAAAGAAUUCCACUGAUGCAAAAUUGUUGUCUAGCACAACGGAUAUUGGCAUGGAGCUUUUCUCGACUUUAGAAACUCAUUUUUUGAGAGCUGUGGGCAGUGACAAAGUCAGUAAUGGGGAGAGUUCUUUAAUUCAAGAACAAUCUAGAAUACUUUCUGAGAAGCUGAAUGCUGCAAUUGCAACCUUGGUAUCUUCAGAAGCAGUAGAUUCUAGUGUCAAGCAUUUGAGCAAGCUGCAGUGCCGAAGCAACUAUGAGGGAUUGGCUAUGGGUGAAGAAGAUGCAGAUCAGAAUGGGAAAGUGGAUUUGAACACUGAAUUAGACGUGAUUAAAGAAAGUUAUGGAACCUUGGAAAGAGAGUGCAGCCACAACAUUCAACUGCUAAAGGCUUCUGAGGAAAGAUGCCAAAGCUUGGAAAGAGAAUGCAACGCUUUGAGAGAAGAGCAAGCUUCUCUGAUGCAAGCCGAAUUAGAUGUGAUUAAAGAAAGUAACAAAACCUUGGAAAGAGAGUGCAGCCACAACAUUCAACUUCUAAAGGCUUCUGAGGAAAGAUGCCAAAGCUUGGAAAGAGAAUGCAACGUUUUGAGAGAUGAGCGAACUUCGCUGAUGCAAGCCGAAUUAGAUGUGAUUAAAGAAAGUAACGAAACUUUGGAAAGAGAGUGCAGCCACAACAUUCAACUGCUAAAGGCUUCUGAGGAAAGAUGCCAAAGCUUGGAAAGAGAAUGCAAUGCUUUGAGAGAAGAGCGAGCUUCUCUGAUGCAAGCUCUGCAGAUGUCUACCCAAAGCGUCGCACUUGUCACUGCCCAAAAGGAGGAGAUAUGUAAGCACUUGUAUGCAGAACUGCGGAAGAGGAAAAAUCUCGAUGAGGAUAUCACACGGUUGAGAUCGGCGUUUGCUCAACGGCAGAGCUCGUUCUUGUCUUUCAGUGGAGAAUGUAAGGUUAAGAUUGAGAAUAUGAGAGCAAUGGGUUUGGUUCCGACACCCAAAAAUAGGUGUUGAAGAUGAUUGAUUAUUUAAGCAAA